AUGGGUGAUUCAGACCAAAUAACAUUUACAGAAGGAAACCUCAAGGGCAGCAAGCUAAUUGAAGUAGGAUGUGGACCAACAAUCUACAGCCUAAUAAGUGCAAGCAAGUGCUUUGAAGAGAUAGUGGUGUCAGACUUCACCGACAGCAAUCGCAGGGAGAUCGAGAAGUGGCUGAGCAAUCAGGAGGGCUGCUUCGACUGGCUUCCCACCAUCCAGUAUGUCUGUGAGCUCGAAGGCAGAAGCAGGUCACCAGAAGAGGUGGAGCGGAGGCUGAGGCAGAUCAUGAAGCAGGUGCUGAGAUGUGACGUUCGGCAGGAGAACCCUUUCCACCCGCUGACCAUGGAACCUGUGGACUGCGUGCUGUCUAGUCUCUGUCUGACAGCAGCCUGCAAGGAUAUGGAAACAUACCGGCUUGCCCUGAGAGGUAUAGCGGCGCUCCUUAAACCUGGGGGUACGCUGGUGCUCACCGAUGUUCUCAACGCAUCGUUCUACUUUGUUGGCCAGAGUAGAUUCUCUACUUUGGAUAUUAGCCAGAGCUUCAUCGAGGAAACACUAAGGGACCUGGGAUUCUCCAUCCAGCAGGUCAACAUCCUGGCUACAAGAAAAGGCGAUACCGAGACAUUCAAGUUUGACGCCAAGGAAUUAUUUUAUCUGGUUGCUCAGAAAACAAAAUAGGGUGUAGUUGCUUUCAUUGGAUUCGUUUUUUUCUAUACACAAGCAUCUGUGAAUUUACAGUGAAUGUUUGAGGACUGUAUAUUCUGACUGAAUAUACUCAUUGUCUUUUACUUGAUGCAGAAUGUGAGAUAUAUUAAAUGCUAUUAAAUCAUCAUUAAGACAUGAA